GUCCAGGCCACAGCGCGCCGAACUCGCUUUCGUCAUCCAAACGGACUUGCUUGGUCGAGCCAACCGCACCGAUUCCGUCCUUGGGCCGAUGAACAGCACCAGCCCGGACUCGGUCGCCGCACCCACAGACAAGGCUGGAUACUGCAGCCUCUGCCGGGCAAACUUUCUCAACGGCAAGCGCCAUUUCUUCACCCAGACCCAUGCUGCGAAUGUCCAGCGGCUCUUGUCUCGACAGAAGGAGAAAAACGAUGGCUUUCGCCAACACCUCCGCAAUGUCCUGAUCAUCACCGAUUCAACCAAGCAGCCCGACACUUGGUGCUUGUUCUGCGACUCCAAAAUCAAGGCCAGCAUCGACUUUGUGCCGGAUUUUCACAUAUACUGCAUUCACAUCUUUGAGCACUGGGCCAGCGCAUCGCACCUCAAGGCCUUGAAGCGAUGGCUCUAUACCCAUAAAAUUGAUAUGUCGCGGCUCGGAGAGUUUUCUCUGACGGCCGAGCGGCUGGAUGAGUUUCACUGCAUCGCUCGACUCAAGCUUGCUCAGCAGCCGCCUCUCAAGAAACCCAGGGUGUCAUCGCCAACACACCCGCCAGACCCGCAGCUUGUUGGCCGGCUCGACCAAACAUCGACUCUGAAGCCUGCGACUGCCGGCCCAAGCAGCGCCAUCCAUCUACACGGCACUGGUGCUGCAGAUGCCUCUGUGUCGAAUCGUCCGAUAUCCAGCCGCCUCGAUCCUUCCAUCGGGCUCGCUCGGAUUGUUCUCCCUUCGGGCUCUCAGGGCCCGCAGAGGUCCCAGCCCAGCAUCCCCCCAUGGCUCCAAGACGAGCCAGUGUCCAGCGACGACGGACAAGCUCCGGCGUGCGGGCCAUCGAUCGUGGACUACUUGCUGCAUAAGCAACAUGAGGCAGCCCGGCGGCUCAAUCCCAACCGAGUCGGUGCCAACCAGACCUUUGGCGGGGAUGUUGGCGACGACUGGCUACCAAACUUUGGUCGGGUAUGGAACAGCGGCAAGCGGUCCGAAACCGCCCGCGAGUUCCGGGACGAGAAACGCAAGCGGAACAGAGGCCCAAACGAAUGACACGAGCAAGUUGACGAUGCGCAUAGCCAAGACAUUUUUGCUUCUGAGCUUGCGUCUCUGCUGCCCAAACGAAGCCCAGUGUCGUGGCAUCGCGGUGCUGGCCGAUGAUGCUCGCCUCAGAGGCAAUACAAUCACUACGGUGCAAUUCUUUGCUCCCCACCACACCGCUGGCGAGCCCCAUAGUGAUGUCGUGGCGCUCAUUCCAAAACGGCCAUGUCCCGGAA